AUGAUCAGAAUUGCGGCUCUAGCCUUGGUGGCAUCACUCCUUGCCUCUUCUCAGGCAUGUUUAACGGCGCAUAUUGCAAGAGCUACCAAAGAUUCCACCUCGAGCAACUGUGUUAGCAGCUCUGUUUCAGCAAACAGAAAAUUCGCCAUCAAAAAUGCGGAGGUUUUCAAUGGGAGUGGGUUCCAAAACGCGCAGACAGUCAUUGUCAGCAAUGGUAAAAUUGUUACUAUUGGCGGUAUCAUUCCCGCUGGGAUCAACACCAUAGAUGGGACAGGAAAGUUUCUCAUUCCAGGUCUCAUCGACAACCAUGUUCAUCCUGCGAGUUGUAGCAAUUUGGCAGAACUUGCUGGGUACGGUGUUACUACUGCAAUCAAUAUGGCUUGUCUAAACUACACAACGUGCUCCCAGCUCAAAGGUCAACUCGGUACGACAGACUAUAUUAAUGCGGGUGAAAUUGCUUGUGGUACUGGCAGCGUUCAUGCUACUGCUUUUGGAGUCCCAUUGGCAGAAAUAAUUGGGCCAGACACAGAUCUCUUGGCCUUGGUUGACUGGACUUUCGGCACCGGAUCCAAUUUCUUCAAGAUUGUGGCUGAGAACAAAGGUCCAACCGUGAAGCAACAGGCCACUAUGGUACAACUUGUUAAUCGACAUGGUAGUUUUGCAGCUACCCAUGCAACAUUGAUAGAGCACUGUGAUCAAGCCAUUCGGUCAAAGGCCGAUGGUAUCCAGUACACUUCCCCAGAUGGUCUGCUGUCAACAGCUCAGAUCAGUCAAAUUCGCAGUCAGGGCCAAUUUGUGACCCUAACAAUGGAGUUUUACCGGCUUGCAUUUUCGAACCCGGCUCUGGCGCCUGUACUUGGCUUUAAUGCAUCCUGCAACUACUCCAACACCCAGACCAAUUUCGCCAAUAUGCAUGCUGCUGGUGUUUCCAUUGCGGUCGGCACAGAUUCUGUUGGCAGCCUUCCAGGGGUCAUCAAUUACCCCUUCGGUCGGUUGCUCCACUGUGAACUUCAGAACUUUUUAGAUGCAGGAUUUGGCAAUGCCGAGGCCAUUCAAGCGGCUACUGCAGGAGCAGCAAAGCUCUACAGACUGUAUGACCGAGGUUCCAUUGCCACCGGGAUGCCGGCAGACCUUCUUCUGCUCAACAGCAAUCCCCGUCGAGAAUAUCACUGGGUAGGUGGAGUACCGGUUGGUACUAUUACUGCGCAAAAGGGCCAGAUCUGCGAUCCGACCUCGCUUGGUUUCUGA